AUGCAAUACAAGGCUCUUUCUCUACUCUUUCUGGCUGCCACAGCCCUGGCUGCCCCGGAAGCUGCCCCGGAAGCUGCCCCGGAAGUCGACGUUGAGAAGAGACAGUCUGACUACUACUCGAGCCUCAUGAAUGACCUGAACAAUAUGGCCUCUGAUGUUGACUGGAACCAGUACUUGACCAAGACCGACUGGGUCAAUCUGGCAACCAACACCGACUUGCUCAACCUUGCAACCAAGACUGAUUUCGGCAACUUCAACAUUCCCACUGGCCUGGGCAAUGACCUCUCCUUUUCCAUGCCCCCGGUGCCGACCCUUGACUACCUCAACAUGCCUCCUCCGUCGAUUGCGUCUGUCCUCGCCACUGCUCUCCCGUCCUCGUACCUGUCGGAGCUCACCAACCCCACUGCUCGCUCGUCCAUCAUCCACGAGAUUCAGCAGGGCCACUAUCCCGACUGGUACAACAACCUACCCAAAGACGUCAAGCAAUGGGUGUCGACCAACUAUGCGUCCAUGACUGGGGCGGCAGCCACUGCCACCGGUAACUCAGGCUCCUCUGGCGCUGGAUCCAACGGAUCCGGGAAUAAGGACGGCUCAGCUUCGAGCGCCACCUCCCACGGCGCUGCUCCUGCCUCUACCGGUGCCAUCGCGGCUAGCAUUGCCGGUGCUGCUGGUAUCCUUGGCCUGGCCCUUGCUCUGUGA